AUACUUUGAGACUUUCUAAUCUUCUAGCUCUGUUUCCUGAGAUUUUCUUUUGACCAUAAUGGGUACUGUGUCCUUGGGUAAUUUUAAGAAGCAAGCAUCUUUCUUCCUUCAAGAGAGAUACAAAACUAUUAAGCUUGCCUUGACUGAUGUUACUCCAGCAGAACUUUUGGCUGAGGAAGCAACAGAGAGUGAUACAUGUGGCCCUGAUGCAAAAACAAUGACUAGAAUUGCAGAGGCAUCCUUUGACAUAGAUGAUUAUUGGAGAAUAGUUGAUGUUAUUCACAGGAGGUUGUGUAUAGUUGACUGGAAGCAAUGGAGGCAAUCAUACAAGUCCUUGGUGUUGCUUGAUUUCCUACUCACUCAUGGUGCUGAAGACUUUGUUGAAGAAUUCCAAUGUGACAAGGAAGUCAUUGAAGAGCUUGGAACAUUUGAACACAUAGAUGAAAAGGGGUUCAACUGGGGUUCAAAUAUGCAAAAGAAAUCAGAGAGAUUACUGAAACUCUUACAGGGUGGAGAGGUACUCAAACUAGCACGUUACAAAGCUCUCAAAGUGACCAAGGAGAUCAAAGGCUUUGGCAAUUCCAUGGCCUCUUCUUCCUCUUCCUCACCAACCUCUGUAUAUUCAAGAACUUCAUCUUUUGGUUCAUAUUCUAAUGGUACUUUGAAUGAAUCUGAUGAACAGAGCAAAAGUGAACAACACCCACCACCCUCUAGGAAUCUUAAUGAGAAGAACUCAGUAAAUGAAGGAUUACCAUCAGAAAAGCUUUGUACUUACUACACAAAUAGUGAAAACAAUGAAGGUUUACAUCUGUGGGAUUCUCCUAUUCAGGAAUCAGGUUCACUGGUUGAUUCUGAGGAAGAAAAAGAAGGAACAAAUAAUUUCUUUGGUGGAAUUUGCUCAAAACUUGGUGCCAGUAGUCCAUCAAAAUAUGAGGGAAAUGGGGUUUUCCUUAGAAGCUUCUCAGAUGUUGGGAAGGCCAUGAAGAAGAAACUUGAUCGUCAGUUCUCCUUGAGAUAUUGA